UUUAAAAAAAAAACUUGUUGGGAAGUGUAUGUGCCCGCCACCCUCCAAAAGUACAAAAUAUAACUUGCAAAGCAGGUGUUGCUUGCAGCAGAACAGAACCAAAUGGCAUUCCUCGCUCAGCCCCCUUUCUGCUUCUUCCUCUUGGUACUCCUCUCGCUCUCCUGGUCCAUGGGGGCUGCAGCUGCGGUGGCGUUCCCUAUUUCAGAAGGGCUUGUGUGGAAAGACCGCAAGUAUUUUCAGGUGCCGGCAGACAUAAAAAGGAGUGAAGUGCUCGCCUUCCUAUCUGGGCUGGCCGACUGGGCAUCCCACGUGAAUGAGGCACCCCUGUCAAGGCAAGAGAGGACUGACCUCCGUCCCCGGCAAGAACGAGCGACCUUUCCACAGCCCCCAGCUCGGGAAAAGGCAUCUUGCAAGAACUUCUUCUGGAAGACGUUCUCCUCCUGCUAACAGGACUGCGUUCCCGGAAUGCUUCCUUAGCUCCACUGAACUCUCUCGAGAUGAGUACAAUCAGUGACGGCUCUCUUUGGGAGCUACUACUGUCGUGUAAAUUACAUUAUUUCCCCUUCCCUUUCAUCAAUAAUUAGUCCCAGGGAAACAAAGAAUCUUGUAGCACCCGAAGACUAAACCAAUUUUAUCGUGGCAAAAGCUUUUGUGAACCACAGUCCACAUUGUUAGGUGCGCAGUUCUCCGAGGGCAGGUGUGUACACUGGUGCAAACAGAAGAAAGGGGUGGUGGGUAAAUCAUUAUACAGUAACGCCAGGAGACUGAGCAAUCAAGGAAUUGGGCUGUGACAUCACUGCGUGGAGAAUGUGAGAAAAUAGGAUCUAGUCUAGUCAAAAAGAGCAAACAAUCUCACCACUGGGUUGGAUCAAUCACUCCCCACUCCCAGGCCUUAUUGAGACCAAGACUGGUUUCAUUCCAUUGUUACGACAGUCCUGUGUAAAUGAUGGGCAUGAACAUAUUUUGUUUGCUCUGCUCUCCCGCUUUAGGAAUCCUUCAUUCAAACUCCUGUGUAUAUAUACCAUGAGUGAAUGUGACUGCUAUAUACCUUUAAACAGAGAUUGUCAGGGGUGAGGGGCACAGUCAAAGUUAAAUAGAUUUACCUAAGGGCUUGUGGAUUUCAUUUCCUGGCAUGCACACCCACUAGCAUGGCCUUUGUUUCUAUGUCCAAAGACCCCCUAUGCUCAACAGCAGAACGCUCUUCGAAUGAUUUCAGUUCCCCUGAAAUUCUUGUUGGUCUCUUUGAAGUCCUGCUGGACUCAGAUCUAACAGUCCUCUCAGAGGGAUGGUCGUGUAGAGCACACUGUUUAGUAGCCCUUGAUGCAGUUACGGAACUGGGGGGAGGAAGGGGCAAAUUAGAUUGUUGUUGGCAGGUCAAAGUGCCCUCUGCCAAGCAGCGUAGCCUCAAGUGAACUGUCAGGUUUUGUAUGUGAGACGGAAACACUUCAGCAGUGCCUCACAGAUGAUUUCAAGCCAAUCCAACUACAGAAUGUCAUCUCAACAUGCCUGUUUUCCCCCCUGCUGUUUGCCAUUGCCGGAUUUUGUCCCCGCAUCCAACUGUCUUGACACAGAAAUAAAAUAUUGCUGUG